AUGACAGGAGGCACGGAAUCAAGCAAAUCGGCUCUGGCGUUGGUGGUGGUCCUGCUGGCCCUGCUCGGUAUGCCGGCGGCGUUCGCCUUCUGUCCGUCGCUGUGCACCUGCGAGAGCGAUCGCUAUCUGCGCACGUCCUGCAUCAACGCGUCGCUCGAGGUCGUCCCGAUUCAGCUCAAUCCGGACGUGCGCUACAUCAACCUGACCGCGAACCAGAUUACGAACGUACACUUCACGCUGUCGUUCUACUAUCAGCUCGAGUCACUCGAUCUGUCCCACAACCGGAUCGAUUCGCUCGGCUCCAAGAACUUCGAGUCGCAGGAAAAGCUGCGGACCCUCAACGUGAGCCACAACGUUCUGCAGGUACUGCAAAAGGACGCAUUCCGGGGGUUGAAACGCCUGGAGCUACUACUGCUCAGUGACAAUCUGCUGGAGCAGAUACACCCCACCGCCUUCCAGACACUCGUCAGCUUGCGGCGGCUCGAGCUGCGCAACAAUCGCCUGGUGAGCCUCGAGUUCGGAGUGUUGAAGCACCCGACCGCCCUGGAGUCGCUCCUGCUCGACAACAACCAACUGCUGGAGGUACCGUACGACGGGAACUUGGAACACUUGCGAUCGCUACGGCACCUCGAACUGUCCACCAAUCUGAUCGAGUUCGUCGGGAACGAUAGCUUCGGUGCGUUGCACGAUCUGCGCACGUUGCAGCUCGCCGGCAACGUGCUGACCGAGCUCGAUCAGGGCGCGUUCAACGGGCUGACCGCGUUGCAGCUCAUCGAUCUGGCGGAUAACAAUCUAACGACGAUCCCCACGGCCCAGCUGGCGAAGCUGUACAAUCUCACCACGCUGUCGCUGAGCGGCAACUCGUUCGUGCAACUCCCGGCGGUCGCCUUCCGGAGUCUGUUUCAGCUGCGCGAACUGCACCUGGACCGUCUGGACCGGCUGGAGCACAUCGACCCGAGAGCUUUCAUCGACAACACCCACCUGCAGGUGUUGACUCUGGACGAUAACCCAUCGUUCGAGGUGCUUCCGGUGCGCCUGUUUCACGGAAACCCACACCUGACCGACAUCUCGAUCCGUCGGAAUGCGCUCCUCACGCUCGAUGCCGUUCAGUUCCCGCUCGAUCGGCUGCAACGCCUAAAGUUGGCCGGUAACCCGCUCGUCUGCAACUGCACGAUCCGCUGGCUGUGGCGUCUGGUGACCGGAACGAUCGAGGACGAUGACAAUGCCGAUGCGGAUGGCGUCGGAUUCCUGGGACGCCCGCCACCGGACUCCAACAUCACGACGGUGCUGCUGAUCGAUAAGGACGAGAUUGGGUGCGAUCUGAACGAGGACGGACUGGUGACCCGGCGCACGCUGCGCAACAUGUCCGAAGGGGACAUUAACUGUCCAGCUCACCUGGCGACCGUGUUGAGUGUGCUGCUGGCGCUGGUUCUGCUACUCCUGGGUGCCGGUGCCAUGCUGGUGUACCGCCGAAGGGCUCGCGAACGCAAGAAAAUCCUGCAGGAACGCAAGAACGUCCACGAACGCAUCGUUCCGCAGAAGGUGGACAAGCUCGAGCUGGAACGCUAUCUGGCGCAGCAGGUCCUGUCGAACGAUUACCGUGAGCUGCGGCCACCGGCUUGCGAUCUGCCGGUCCGGUACGAUCUGAAGUAUCCGGACCAAACGUCCCACCCGGCGGCGGUGGCAGCGGUCGGUGGCGAUCAGCAUCCCGAUGCGGACUCCGAUCACUACGAGAACAUCGACUACCUCCAGCAUCAGCGAGUGCUGGGCAAUGGGUCGGCCACGAUCGGUGGUGGCCCGGGCCCGACGAUGAAUCCUUUCCACCAGCUACAGCAGGCGCAGUACGCGUACGGACAUCACCCGCAAGGUCGCCAGGUACAGCCCGCGAUGACCAUGCAGCAUCCGCACAAGUUCCCGCAUCACCAUCCGCACCACCACCACCAGCACCAUCAGCACCACCAGCAUCAGCAGCAUCCGGAUCCGGGAACCACGAACAUGAGCACGCUGCCGUCGGCCGGGUCGACACCGGCCCGGAGCCUCAACAACUAUUCGCCCAACUUCUUCAUCUACGUCGUGUACUCGCACUUUGUGCUGAUCCUGCUGGCGUUAUGA